CCGGGACAAUUUGUUGUCGUGAGACACAUCGUACAGCAUAAUCAUGGGGCAAAGUGACGUCUCCAGACCGGUCAAUCCAGAUGCGCUCGCAGAAGCAGCAGGCCGGCCCUCUGCAGAUCCAAGCAUGGUUGUGGACAGUGUGGAAGCAGGGGACACAACACCUCCCACGAGAAGAAAGAGCAAGUUCUCAAGCUUUGGCAAGAUCUUCAAGCCCUGGAAAUGGCGGAAAAAAAAAAGUAGUGAUAAAUUCAAAGAGACAUCAGAAGUUUUAGAGCGAAAAAUAUCUAUGCGAAAACCGAGAGAAGAGCUGGUUAAAAGAGGAGUUUUGCUGGAUGACUCUGAGCAGGGCAGUGAGGAUCCUGGGAAGUUGGGUCAUUCCAUGUUAAAGAAUGGCCACACCAGCCCCAUCAGGAGCACCAGCUCUUCUAGUUCCAUCCAGGGAGAAGAAGAGCCAGGAAGAACAAGUCUUAGGAAACCCAUUCCAGAAGAGGAGCCAAAGAAGCGGCUAGGAUCAACUGGGAGCCAGCCAACUUCUGAAGCAGAGUGCACUCCUGAGAAUGUGCCCAAACAGCCUUUACUUCCCCCUAAGAGACCCCUGUCCUCCUCUUCCGAAACCAACGAAGGGCUAACAAAGGACACCGCUUCCUCCAGCAGCUCGUCAAGGUCCAGCUCCUCCACUGCCUCAUCUACGAGCCUAGCAAAGACUCUUCCUCCCCAUGUGCCCCCAGUCCCAGCUCCCAGGACUCUGCCUCCGGCGCCUGCAGGCACUAACACUACAGCGACCCCGAAUCUCACUCACACGCUCCCUGCCAAGCAGCCCCCCGUCCCACCUCCGAAACCCACUCACAGAAAUAGCAGUCCCAUCAUUGCUGAACUAUCCCAAGCAAUAAACAGUGGUACCUUAUUAUCAAAACCAUCCCCACCUUUACCACCCAAGAGAGGCAUUCCAUCAACCGUGGUGCCCACGUCAGAGUCUGCCCCCGUCCCCCCAAAACCUUCGAGCGAUCAGAGAGAAAAGAACACAUGUUCCAUGGGCUCUGAGUCAUCGCUGGUGAUCCCGCCUCCCUCGCCGUCCCCUCCGUUGCCUACUCACAGACCUCCAGAGCCCCCGCGAUCCCCUCCGCUCCUGGCUAAGACUGUUCAAGCUGGGCCUGAAGUUGAGUUUCCACCUUCCUUAGACAUAGCACAAGGGGCUCCCCCGCAGGAAGAUCUGAAAAAGGAAGGAACCAAGAGGAUUUCGGACCCAAACUCUGGAGAGCCCCACAUUCCCGCUCGGCUGCCCCCUCUCCCCCUGCAUAUCCGAAUCCAGCAGGCCCUGACCAGCCCGCUCCCUGUGACGCCUCCCUUGGAGGGCUCGCACCGAGCCCACUCAUUGCUUUUCGAGAACAGUGAGAGCUUCUCUGAGGACAGCAGCACCCUGGGCCGGACCAGGUCCCUCCCCGUCACUAUUGAGAUGCUGAAAGUUCCAGACGAUGAAGAAGACUUGGAGCAGAUUCACCCAUCUGCAUUUGAGGAAGAUGUGAUACCUACCUCAUCCUUUCCUAAACUACCACAGUGUCUGCAGGAGGAAGCAGAAGGAAAGGAGAGUGAUUCUGAUUCAGAAGGUCCCGUUCAAUACCGAGAUGAAGAGGAUGAAGAUGAAAGCCCACAAAGUGCUCUGGCCAACAAAGUGAAGAGGAAAGACACGCUGGCAAUGAAGUUGAACCACAGACCCAGUGAUCCAGAGUUGAACGUGAAUUCCUGGCCUCGAAAGAGCAAAGAGGAGUGGAAUGAAAUACGGCACCAGAUUGGAAACACGCUAAUUCGACGACUGAGUCAGAGACCAACCCCAGAAGAACUGGAACAACGAAAUAUACUACAACCUAAAAACGAGGCUGAUCGUCAGGCAGAAAAGCGAGAGAUUAAACGCCGGCUCACCAGAAAGCUCAGCCAAAGACCAACAGUGGCGGAACUGCUUGCCAGGAAGAUUCUGAGGUUUAAUGAAUAUGUGGAAGUGACGGAUGCUCAAGACUACGACCGGCGGGCUGACAAACCUUGGACUAAACUGACCCCUGCUGACAAGGCUGCCAUAAGAAAAGAAUUGAAUGAGUUUAAAAGCUCAGAGAUGGAAGUUCAUGAGGACAGCAAACAUUUUACACGCUACCAUCGUCCUUGAUGCUGCAGCUGAGCGUGGAACUGAGCGGCCCCCUGCCCCUAGCAGUGCCACUCGCUGCUUUAGGAUGACAUGGAGAGAACAUCAGCGCUUUGGGGCACAGACAGAAUUGAGUCCCGGGGGUGGGGUUCUGGGGUGAACAGUACUUCUCUGAAUGUAGCGUUUCACUGGAAUGGAUUCUCACAUGCUGCCUUGGCCAGACCUAACCCUUUGUCAGCGCUUCCGAACCUUUUCACUUCGGAAGGCUCUUCCCCCAGCAGCCACCAAAAUCCCGGGCCCCCUGCGGUUCCGAGUUUUCCAGGCUAUCCCACUCCGUCCUUCCAAGAUGCCCACCAGCACUGAGGCAGGGUCCCUGCUAGCCUCACCUGCCCUGAGUAGCAAGGAGCAACCCAGUUGGCGACGCAGGGAUCCCCCCAACACCAGCGCCUUCAUGCCACGCUGGCAAACACCACUUGAAGCACUGCACUGUACCUCAGGCAUAGCAGUCCUGCCCGCUCAGGUCCCCUCAAAGCGCGCUCAGGGCUGACAGCCUCUUCCUUUUGGGCACAAGUCAUCUGGGUUUUGUUUUUCUGUUAUAAUGAAAAUGAUCUUGAAAUGAUGGGAAUUUCAGUUUUUCCUCUAAUCAACAUGCUGGUUGACAGCCAGCCUGUGAUAACGCACAAAUGCUUGCUUUGUACAGAACAAAACCAAACCCAGAAAGACCUCUAUGUUAAUGCCAGCUUGCCAAGAAACUGGCUCACAGCUUGAAUUUUACAGGCUUUUUGUACCAAAUAAUCCUCAGAUUCACUCUGACCAGCGGAUGUGCUCGCCUCCACAGAGCCCAGUGAUUAAUAGCAGCUGUGGACCUCUGCGUGCUGUCAGUCAGAAGCACAGCAGGGCGCUGGGGUGCUCAAAUGCAAAAGGCCUUUAGAGAAACAAUCUGGGGUGACACAGUUGCGUCCCACUGGCCCCUUUUCUCACAGCCUUUUCCCCUCUGCUGCACCAGCCCGCCUCACUUCCCCGCUGCAGCCAGUGUGCUUAGUGCCUGCAUCGGGCCCAGCCCCACCCCUUUUUGUAUCUGUAACAUAUAUUAAUUAGUUGUCCUAAAACAGAUGAUUCAAUUGCUUUCUUCGAAUUUUUACUAAGAACUGUACAGCCUCACUAUUUUUGUCUGAUUCCUACCCGCACUCUGUGUGGAAAAUUAUUUUCUAUGCAGCCAGAGAGAUAGUACAGCAGGUAGGGCACUUGCUUUGCACAUCGCUGACCUGGGUCCAUCCUCUGCAUUCCAUAUGGUCCCCUGAGCACCACCAGGCCUAACUCCUGAGUGCAGAGCCAGGAGUAAGCCCUGGGAAAAACUAUUUCUAUUUUCUAUUUGACUGAUGAAUGUGGUUUUUCCUUUAUUUCUUAAAGUUCAGGAAAUUAAUUAUAGCUUCUGCAGUCUUUGUUCUAUAUGUAAUCUUUGCAUAGGGUGUCUUAUGCCCCCCCCGCCCCCCACUAAAUCACAUCCAUGUAAGAUUACUGAAAAAUCAGAGUAUCAGGUCAAAACAAAAAAAUUAAAGUGACCUUAAGAGGCAGUAUCUUCUCGCUGUAUGGGGGACAGGAAGGUGGACACCUCAGUUCCCAUCAAGUGCUUUACAGCUCUGAAGAUCUGCUGCAUUCACCUCAUCUGGAAGCUCACUCACAAAUACAACUGAGGAAGCUGCAGUGUUGAUAGAGGUCUUUAGAAAGUGACCACACAGCCGCGCUGACCGACUGCUAGCCUUUCCGUCUGCUGGUUCGGAGAUGGCUCAGCGGCUGCCCAGUGCUCUCUGUCUCAGGACUUUUUCAGACUUUUCUUACACUGCCUUUCCUUCCCUUCACGUGCCAAGCUUGAAGCAGGGUUUGGUCUCCUGCUCAUCUGCUUUACUUGUGCCACCAAGGAAUCUAGUUUAUCUUUCAUCUCACUCAUGUUCUUUAGUAAUAUACUUUGGGGUCAACUUUUUCCAGGUGUUUUUAUAUAUAUAUAUAAAUAUAUAUAUGGAUGGAUGGAUUUUGUGUUCCCCUUCCAUGUAAGUAACAAUUCACAAUCAUAAUGUAAAGAAGAGAUUAAAAACUUGAUGUAUUGUACUAGAUGCUUUCCUAAUGUACAGAAUCUCCUUGUAAAAUAAGUAAUUGCAUUGUAUAUCAGUCUUCCCAUCUAUGUUAAUUAUUGAAAUAUUUUAGAAUUUUAAAAGAC